UUCAGGGCAACCCAAUAUGCAUGUGCACUGUCGAUAUAUUUACUCCGAAACAAACCGGAAAGAAAGGACCUUGUGGCGAAACUCACAAGUCUGGAAGCCCACAUGAGUGCUGGACGAAAAUGAGAGCCCAUACCGAUGCUCCUGUCUCAGCGCUGCCAUUUCUACAACUGAACACUACUGGCGACAUUCUGCCUGAAACGUCACGGAGGAGAUAGAUGAAGUUCACAACAGAACUACUAACCUGCGCCUAAGUGGAACAUUAGCUGGACAAAGAGGAUCAUCUCUUUUGGAGACUGAUGCAGAUGGUGUCGAUCGCUCUCUGUAGUGAUAUGGAAGAGCAUAAAGACGCUGCAGUAGAGCCUACAGAGCCUGACAGGGACAGUCACACCGAACUGGCCUGUGGGCCUGCAGAGGAAGGCAAGCAGCUGUGCGGGAGAGAGCGGGCUGAAACAGAGAGCUCUGCAGGAGAGGGUAAAAGCACUGAGAUAAAAAUCCCCACUGAUCCUGAGCGAGAAAGUGGAAACACGGAAUGCAAGGAGCGGAGGAAACUGAAAAAAACAAACAGCUGGAAGAUGGUACGAUUCCAAGACCCAUCAACAGAUGAUGAUGUGUUGGAGAGGGACAGCUCAGCAGAGAGUCUCUUUCCAGAAUAUGUGACGAAGGAGUGGACUUCCUCGACCUUUGAGGAGCUGUUCUCAGCAGAAGAUUGGCAGGACAUCACAGAGGACCGGCUGUUGAGGAAGAAGGUGUUGGAGUCCACGGCUCCACACAGCCUGCGCCCCACCUGGGGCCAGGAGGUUACUGUCAAGAUGCAGUGUGUCCUUGAGGACCGCACUGUGGUGGAGAAGGACUGCAAGCUAGUCUUUGUUAUUGGAGAGGGAGAUGUAAACCAGGCCCUGGAGGAGUGUGUCAUAUCCAUGCGGAAGGGCGAGAUCACAUUACUGCUGGCAGAUUCACAGUAUGGUUAUGGGCUUCUGGGAAGGGAGCCUGAUAUUCCAGCCUGGGCUCCUUUACUCUACCAGCUCCAGCUGCUGGACAUUAGAGAGAAACCAGACCCGCUAACUCUGCCCAUCGCAGACCGUAUCCGCAUCGGCAACCAGAAACGAGAGCGAGGAAACUUCCAUUUCCAGAGGGAGGAAUACUGCAUGGCUGCCAGAGCCUAUUUUAUGGCUCUGGAUGUGCUAACCACCCGCAGCAAAGAUGGCGGUGAUGGCAGCGUGAAAGCGGAGGAGGAGGAGGUGCAGGACUACCGGGUGAAGUGUUUGAACAACCUGGCCACCGCUCAGCUCAAACUGGAGCAAUAUGACGAGGCGCUGCACACCAGCCGGGACGUUCUGACCCUCGACCCAAACAAUGUCAAGGCCCUUUUCAGGGCAGGAAAACUCCUGUCAGACAAGGGUGAAUACAAAGAGGCCAUGGAGGUGCUAAAAAAGGCCUUGAAACUCGAGCCGGCUACCAAGGCGAUCCACGUCGAGUUAUCUAAAAUCGUCAAAAGGCAAUCAGGAGGCAAAGAUACUCAGGAAUGGAAAGCUAAACCAGCGGAGAUGCUUGGCGACAAUAUCACACCUUUUCUGGUUCCUUCUAAGAAGAAACCUCAUGGACUUUCCUGGAAGUUUAUACUCGGAGCUCUGGUCGUGGCCUUGGGCAGCUUAGUGACGUCAAUGAUUCUGACUGCGAGAAACUGAAACUUUGAAAAUCAUCAUGUGCAGGUGCAGAGUUUGGCCCCCUGUCCUCUUUAGUCAAGUUCAUUUGAAAAGAGUUUUCUACUGUGAAGACAUGAGGAGGAGUUUCACAUGGUAGAAAAAUGUCUCGCUGAAAGGCGUACAGUAUUUAUGAGAGAGAGAUUUCUGCUGAUCGAUCAGACAGAAGUUUCUUUGCAGUUGUGUUUGUUUUAUUUGGAAAAGGUUACAUUUCGGUUUGUCAUUUAAAAAAAAUAAAAAAAUGGCCCUGGAAAAUAUUCUGGUAUUGGGAAAAAAAAAAAAAAAGUGGCCAUGGAA